UAUUCUAGAAAUCAUGACAACCUCAGGAAAAGACAACUUCCGGUUGAAGAGCUACAAGAACAAGUCUCUGAAUCCUGAUGAAAUGCGUCGUAGGCGAGAGGAAGAGGGCCUUCAGCUACGGAAGCAGAAAAGGGAGGAACAGUUAUUUAAGCGGAGAAAUGUUGCUACAGCUGAGGAAGAAGCAGAGGAGGAAGUGAUGUCAGAUGGAGGUUUUCAUGAAGCUCAACUCAACAACAUGGAGAUGACUUCUAGUGCCGUCAUCACCUCUGAUAUGAUUGAGAUGAUUUUCUCCAAUAGCCCAGAGCAGCAGCUCUCAGCCACUCAGAAAUUCCGGAAGCUACUUUCAAAAGAGCCUAAUCCACCUAUUGAUGAAGUGAUCAGCACACCAGGAGUGGUGGCCAGGUUUGUGGAGUUCCUCAAACGAAAAGAAAAUUGUACAUUACAGUUUGAAGCUGCUUGGGUGCUGACAAACAUUGCCUCUGGAAAUUCCCAUCAGACUCGGAUUGUGAUUCAAGCAGGAGCUGUCCCUAUCUUCAUAGAGCUUCUCAGCUCAGAGUUUGAAGAUGUACAGGAGCAGGCAGUAUGGGCACUUGGCAACAUUGCUGGAGACAGUACCAUGUGCAGAGACUAUGUGUUGGACUGCCAAAUCCUACCCACUCUAUUGCAAUUACUUUCAAAACAGAACCGUCUCACCAUGACCCGAAAUGCUGUGUGGGCUUUAUCGAACCUCUGCAGAGGGAAGAAUCCUCCUCCAGAGUUUGCCAAGGUUGCACCCUGUCUGAGUGUACUGUCCUGGCUGCUCUUUGUCAAUGACACAGAUGUGCUAGCUGAUGCCUGCUGGGCGCUGUCAUAUUUGUCUGAUGGACCUAAUGAUAAAAUCCAAGCUGUGAUUGAUGCAGGAGUGUGCAGAAGACUGGUCGAGCUGCUAAUGCACAGUGACUACAAAGUGGUAUCUCCUGCCUUACGAGCAGUCGGGAACAUUGUGACAGGGGAUGAUAUCCAGACCCAGGUAAUUCUGAAUUGCUCAGCUCUGCAGAGUUUAUUGCACUUGCUGAGCAGCCCUAAGGAGUCUAUCAAAAAGGAGGCAUGUUGGACAAUAUCCAACAUUACAGCUGGAAACAGAGCGCAGAUCCAGACCGUCAUAGAUGCCCACAUUUUCCCAGCCCUCAUAAAUAUUUUGCAAACAGCUGAAUUUCGGACAAGGAAAGAAGCUGCUUGGGCAAUAACAAAUGCAACAUCUGGAGGCUCUGCUGAACAGAUCAAAUACUUAGUAGAACUGGGAUGUAUCAAACCGCUCUGUGACCUCCUUACAGUAAUGGACUCAAAGAUUGUGCAGGUGGCACUGAAUGGGCUGGAGAACAUCCUGAGGCUCGGAGAGCAGGAAGCCAAGCGCAGUGGCACUGGCAUUAAUCCCUACUGUGCUCUUAUUGAAGAAGCAUAUGGCCUGGAUAAGAUUGAAUUCUUGCAGAGCCAUGAGAACCAGGAUAUCUAUCAGAAGGCCUUUGAUCUGAUUGAGCACUACUUUGGGUCAGAGGACGAGGACAGCAGUAUUGCCCCACAAGUAGAUCUCAGCCAGCAGCAGUACAUCUUCCAGCAGUGUGAGGCUCCCAUGGAGGGCUUCCAGCUCUGAGGUGCCCCAUGCUAUCUGUUCCUCCACCCAGACAGUCCUCAUGUAAAGCCUUGAAUCACCUUUGGAGUGUUUCCAUAACCCCUUACUGUCCCCAUCUACCUGAGUUCCCUUCCAUAUUCUUCCUUGGGUGCCUCCUUGGAUGCCUUUCUGAGCUGCAUUCAGCCCUGACAUAAAAUGUGUCAGAUUAAAUACUUUGCUUUAUGUGCCAGCCUGGGCAUUGGCAUAUGGAAUGCUUCACAGAUAUUGGAGUAAACUCUGUCCCCUGCAACUACAGCCUCCAGUGGACAUGCUUCCUAGUUACUAGGCACAUUGAACACAACUGCACCUGUCCCGUUACAAAACUGAGCUCCCAUCUGGACACCACAGGCCACUUUGGAGAUCUGGACUCUCUCAUUCUCUCCUCUCAACCCAAAAAGGACUUGUGAGUAGGUCAGUCUUAUCACCUCCCUAAAAGUGACUUUUGUAACUGGCUUCUAAAAUGGAGAAACUACCACACUGCCCCAUCCCUAACACAAUGUGGCCUCUUUGUUAAAGUUGAAUGCUUCCUAACUUCAUGCUUCUGUUUCUGGUCCUCACAAGCUUAGUCACAGAUGAUAUAUCUCUACGCACUCAUCCACCUUUUACAUUUUUCUGUUCUGCAUAACUUGAACUGGUUUCUGUUCUGUAAAUUACCUUUUGAUGUAAAAUCUUAGCGUGCUAAACUGUCAGCGCGAGGAAGACUCUGUAGUGAUAGGUCUCCUGACUACUUGCAGUCUCAUGAGGUAGAGUUUCCUGUUUAAAAUACCAGCCCACCCCAUAAAAUAGAAACCUCCUGAUCAAGGUCUGUUUAACAAAUAUACUGUGAUACUACAUCCCAUCUUUCCAUUUUCCCCUCACUACUCUCAUGACCCCAGAUGAAUUAGCAUGGAAUACAUGGUUCCUGUAGGCCACACUUGUAAGGCAUUGCUGAAUGCGUGACUGCAGUAAUUUACAGCUGUAGUCCGCCCCUCUGCUAGCAGCAUGUUUUUGACUCUGCAGCCUGCUUGGAUCACAAGCAUCUAAUGCAAAGGUGGUAAUUCAAUUUCUGAAUGUAAUGGAUUCAUUGGGCUACAUUCUCUCAAGCCAUUUGGGAAGCUUUUGGAAUACACCUUUUCCCCAGAGUAAACGUUUCAAAAGUUGCCCCUACUGCAGUGUCAUGCAUCUGUGGUAAAUCCUAUUGGCAGAACUGUCUACAAGAUCCUUCUUAUGGCUUCAUUCAAUGACAAGCCCCUGCAAGAGCUUCAACCACUCACAAGGUACAGGUUUAAAAAAAGCAUUUAUCAAACUGCUGAAAGACCAAAGCUUUAACUCUGUGUGACCCCUUCUUUAAACAUAGUCUUCAUUAGAACCUGUGCUUUAGGAUGGAAACUGAUCUGUGAGGGCACUGAAGAAAGCCACCUGUUGCCUCCCUUUCGAAUCCAAUCAGCCGCCACCUUCCCUGUUACUUUCUCUAGUGCUGCUUUGUGCUCAAGGAACAUUUACUGCACUUGACCUAUAAAUUGACUUCAAUUCUUUGUAAUUUUAAAGGUUAAAUUAGGUGAUUAAUUUAAAAACAAAACAGAACCCCUCUGUGUUGCCGUUACAUCAUAUGAUAAAUAACUUUUUCUCUUUCUUGAAAGGUAACUUGAACUGUUUCUCUUUCUAGAAGCACUGAUUAGUAGCAAAAUCUUGUUUUGUCAUUUGGAAUUUUUGUGCUAGAUUUUAAAUGUAAAUUACCAAUAACGUCAUUUCUUUAGAAUUUGUUUAAAAUCAUGUACUUUUUUUUGGAUGGUAUGAAAAUGCUACAUAUUUUGUAAACAAGUCUAGGCAAAGUGUGUGUAUAUAUUGUGUAUAUAUAGAUGUAUUAUUCUAUAUGUAUACACACACGCACAUACGCACAUACUGUGUGUUUUUUCUCCCCCAGGCUAGUGAAAACAAUGUGGUGCAUUAUUGUAUAUCCUUGCCCUUCCCUCCGCCACCCUAAGGAAAUAAUGACAGUUGCCUCUAAAUAAGUGAAUUAAAACAAAGUCCAAACUGAGUGGCUUGCCUUUCUAUGCAAGGAACCUGGCUAGUGUUUCUUUUACUUAUGCCAGUGGAUGUGUGAAUUCAGAGCAGAAAGGGAUCCAUUUUUAAUGGGCAGCAACAUAGUCUAGUGCAUGGAGAAUCAGGACUCUUGGGUUCUGUUCCCAGUUCUAUCAUGUAGUAUGUGUAGCCUUGGGGAAGUUACUUUAUCUGUUUGCACCUCUCUUUAUCCAUCUGUAAAUGGAGGUACGCCCGUUAGAGAUCCUUAUCCAAGUACCUUCAUCAGCUUAUGAUCUUAUUUCAGCUCUGCCUCACUCUUUGGCCUUGCCACUAUUGCUCAUCUUCUAACAGUCUCGGUGCUUUAAGCUGGGCCCCACUUCACAGAAGGGAGAACGCAGAGCUGCCAAAUGUCACACAUCUGGUAACUGUCCUCAUCCCUGCAGCUCAGCCUGUCACACACUUGACUGAGCUACAGGCAUGAGCUGCAUUUUCUCCUCCAGCCACUAAAAGCUGCUGUGGAACCUGGCAGGAAACUAGGCCCCUACUUGAUCCAAGCAAGAAAGGAGCAGCAAAGGUGGCAGUGGUUGUGGUGAGUGGUUGGCAGGGACAGAAGGUGAGGGGGCCUCAAAACUACCCACACGCUUCAGCCAGCAUCCUAUCUCCUUGCUGGAGCACGGGCCCUCCAGCUCACGUCUUUUUAAGACCUUCUGUGCCAUUUAAUCUGUUCCAGGACCAGCACAAGGGUCCAUCAGUGCCAUCUGGAGUGCGUUUGCCAGGGGGACCCUAUGCCAUCUUUAGCAAUAGGACAGUCUUUUCCCUCUCAAAUGCUUGGGUCCUGGAAGGAUGGUACACUCCGGCUGUAUAUGUGGCCAUAGGCACAGGACUCCUGAAUUCAUGCCUGAUAUAGGCAGCAUGGUUCAAACCUUUAGUUCUUCCAUAGCAUAUAGUUCUGGAAGACAUCUGCCAUCUGCAGCCAGACUGGGUUAUGGGGCAUGUGUUGUGGAUGAAUAUUUUACUACUUAAGGUAAAUGUGACCCUGAAUCUCGCUAUGGACCAAAGAGCCAGAUAGAUAUGAAAUAGCAUUCUGCAGAUGGUCUGUGCUCGCCUCAAUCACUCUUGAUUUAGAGUUGUAGGCCCAGAUAAGAGAUUUUGUUGGGGUUUAUUGAGGGGGCCUCCCAUCAGCCAAACCAAAUAUCUAGGCCAGAAACCCACUUUCCAGGUCUUAACCAUGGGUUGUUGAGUAACACUGCCCUGGAAGCCAUCACAGUAGGAGAGAGACUAUCUUGUUUGAAGACCACAUCUGGAAACAUGGAUUCCUUCAUUACCCCCAUAAGAAACAUGGAGUUUACUUUACUUGUGCUGAUGCUCAGGCGCCUGCAAAAACAACACUAAAUCAGCAACAGUUCAGAGGAGGAGCAUAAGGACAACCCUAGGCCCAGCCUUUGUUUGAAAUUCUAGAAUCCAACCAGGACUAGAAUAAUGUAAAUAUAAAAUGGUAACAUCUUCUACGUUAACAUUAAUUGUCUGUAAACUAAAAUUGGCUGUGCAUUAUUUUUGUCAGAUAUGAGAAAACAUAUUGGUAUGACUACUUGUGUUUCAGAAAAACAAUAAAAUAAACUUUAUAUCCUCAGCUGAAGGUAGGCAUGUUGGUUUUACAUACGUUAGGCUGGUACAAUUAAAUGUUGAUUUUACAUAAACAUCAAAUCAAAUUCAUUUAUCAUGUCUUAAAGGUAAACUAUUUUAGACACUUUUAUUGCAGGGUUGUGUAAAAGAGAAACAAAUAAAACCCUUAAACCCA